CGCCGCGCCCCACAAAAGUGCGGGGCUGCCGCGGCCGGGCCCAGCCCAGCCGCUUCCCGGGCCGGAGGGGGCGCGGAGCAGCCGCCGAGCCGAGCCGCGCCGAGCCGAGCCGAGCCGCUGCGGGGGGCGCUGCGCCGCGCCGCGCCGGGCUGGGUUUUUUAUUUCCAAUUUUUGAUCGCAGCUGCAUUUCCCUCCCCCCGCCCCCCCGCGCCGAGGAGGAGCCCCGGCUUUAUGUGGUGCUGCCCGGAGAGCGCUCGGCGGCCGUGAAGUUCUUUGUGUCGCCGUCGCCUUCUUUUUAUUUUUUUUCCUUUUUUUUUUUUUUAAAUGUAUAACUUAAUGGGUCUGAACAGCACGGCCGUAGCUAUUCAGCCCAAUGUGUCCUGCACAUGCAACUGCAAAAGGUCUUUGUUCCAGAGCAUGGAGAUCAGCACUGAAUGUUUAGGUCACACCUUUCCAGGUAAACUGGCGGAGUUGGAGUUUGUACAGAUAAUCAUAAUCGUGGUGGUGAUGAUGGUGAUGGUGGUGGUGAUCACAUGUCUGCUGAACCACUACAAACUCUCUGCGCGAUCCUUCAUCAGCCGGCACAGCCAGGGGAGGCGGAGAGACGAGAACCUCUCAUCAGAGGGAAGCCUGUGGCCUUCGGAAAGCACCGUGUCGGGGAAUGGAAUAACAGAGCAGCAAAUCUACACCCCAAGACCCAGCGACCGCCUGGCAGUGCCAUCCUUUCUGCAGAGGGACCGCUUUAACAGAUUCCAGCCAACCUACCCCUACAUGCAGCACGAGAUCGACCUGCCGCCCACCAUAUCACUGUCGGACGGUGAGGAGCCCCCCCCGUACCAGGGACCCUGCACGCUGCAGCUGCGAGACCCCGAGCAGCAAAUGGAGCUCAACAGAGAGUCGGUCCGUGCCCCCCCCAACAGAACCAUCUUCGACAGUGACUUGAUAGAUAACUCCGUGUACGGGGGGCCGUGCCCCCGCAGUAACUCUGGCAUCAGCGCGACCUGCUAUGGGAGCAAUGGUAGGAUGGAGGGACCGCCGCCGACGUACAGCGAGGUGAUAGGGCACUAUCCUGGGUCGACAUUUUACCAGCACCAGCAGAACAACAACGGGAUGCCCUCCAUCUUGGAGGGCAGCAGACUCCAUCAUUCACAAAUCAAUGGCCUUGAGAGCACAACUGCGUGGAACAAAGAGAAAGAGAAACAAAAAGGGCACCCCUUUUAAAAAAAAAGAAAAGGAAAAAAAAAGGAAACAAAGAAAAAAGCAAGAAAGUAAAUGAAACACUCUGCACUUCUCGUUAAAAGAAAAAGGGGGGAGGAGAGAGAGAGAGAGAG